AUGGGGGCUGGACCCCCCCGGGGCUCCGUUCUCCCCCCCAUCUCCCCCAAGGGACCCCCUCUGCCUUUGCUUCCUGGUGCUGCCGUGUGUGCUCACCCCCUCCCCUCUCUCCCCUCAGAACCCCCGUCCUCCCCCGGCACAGUGCUGCGCUUCCACCUCUCCCCCCCCCCGGAUCAGGACGUUCGAGUCGUUCAGGUUCAAUUGUGGCUUUACGUCCGCGUUCCUCGAGGCUCCGUCACCAACUUCACCCUCAGCAUCUCCCUCCUGGAGGGGCACAAUGACACGGGGGGGGGUCGCCGCUUAUUGCUGAGCUCACGGCGACUGAGCGCUCGGAGCAGCGGCUGGAGGACGUUCUCCAUCCUCCCCGCACUACGAGGCUCCUUCGGGGGGGAGCACAGAACCAUCCGGCUGCACCUUCAAAGCUCCGGGGACGGCGGAGGGUUCGUGACCGCUUCCAACGCCCCCCAACCCCGGCAGCCUUUCCUUGUGGCCUCGGCAUCGUUGAAAGACCCGGAGCAUCGUGUGACCAAACGUAGUUUGAGAUGCAACCGCGACUCCUCGUUGUGCUGCCGUCGGGAUCACUAUGUAGACUUUAAAGCCAUCGGUUGGAACGAUUGGAUCAUCAGCCCCGAGGGGUAUCAGCUCAAUUACUGCGUGGGUCAGUGUCCGCUUCACGUUGCUGGCAGCCCCGGGAUGGCUUCGUCGUUUCAUAGCGCCGUUCUCAGCCUGGUAAAGGCCAACAACGUUCGUACCGCAGCUCAUUCGUGCUGUGUCCCGACUCGCCGCCGUCCCCUCUCCCUCCUUUAUUUCGAUCGGAACAGCAACAUCGUCAAAACCGACAUCCCCGAUAUGAUCGUGGACGCGUGUGGCUGCAGCUGAUGGGGGCAGCACCGGGACCCCCCCCCAAAUCCAGGACUGAGGGAGGGAAACAGCCCGGACUGCAUUGAGAUGGGGGCAGUGGGGCUGGAGCGGCUCCGUCCCCCCUCCCAUAAGUGGGGCUGAACGUGCUGUUCUCUGCCCCACAGCAACGAACGUGGGGUGUCAUUGGGGUCAGGGAGCCCUAAAAGCCGGAGCUGAAGGGGGUGAUGCUGCCCAGAGCCCCAAAGCUCCGCGCUCAGAUGCUGCUCUCACCCCCUGGAUGAUGCAGAGCUGAGUGUGGGGCUUCUCCCCCAUCCCACCCCCAUUCCCUGUGUGUGCAAACCCCAUUUGUGUGUGUAUAUGAGUGUAUGUGUGUGUAAGACCCCUCCCCACUCGCCCCCCUCCCACACGGAGCUCCUGGUCCCCCUUUGAGGCCGCACUAAAGAUGGAGAUCCAAAGACACCAAGCUUUGCACCUCCACUUUUACAGCCAUCACCGGUUCCCUAUGGAGGUUUAUGCAGCCAUAGGGACCCCCCCUGGGCUCCGUUCUCCCCCCCAUCUCCACCAAGGGACCCCCUCUGCCUUUGCUUUCUGGUGCUGCUGUGUGCGAUUCAUCCUCGCUCUCUUCGUGCUUUUAAUUUAUUUUCCCAUUUGGGUGCAGCUUUCCCCAAUAAAAGGGUGGAGAUUCAAUUCAAA